GCGACAUACUGCUGGGAGCACAACCAAAGUUCAUACUAAGACACACCUAACUACUGAUGAGUCUGAGCCCCCUAGCAACAAAGUCCUAGCGGUGUGCGAUGCUGACACUAGGGAGCAGCUUGAGGAGAGAAUCAGACUGUUAGAGGCUGAGCUAAAGCAAAGUGUCACUACUCAAAAUGCCAAUCCCCCCAGAUAUGAUAGAGCAGGACGAAAGUUCUCACCGAAAGCAAAAGGCAGCAACACAGCUCCACCACUCCAAGCCGUGCCCACAGAGAAUCUCAUUAAAGCAGGCAGGUUUUGUUACAAUUGUGGAGAGGAGUCACAUAUGAUGCCGCAAUGCACAAACCAAACUAAUGCUGUGCUUGUGCAGAAGAAACUUUGUGAGAGACACCAAACUAGACAAACCCAACGUCCACUAAGCUACCAACAGACAAGCCCCCAGCCAAAUCUGUCUUUAAACAGUUAAGGGCUCCUGCUGUGGGACAAGCAGGAGCUCAGUGUCAAACUAGUUCCCCUGUUUUGAGCCAGUGCAUGCAUGAACCCCCAAAUGCAUCAGCAACUAUUCAGAUUCCAGCAGGACUUGUUGGAGAGCCUUGUGAUAGUGAAGCAUGGUUAGAUGGAGUCCAAUGCAAUUGCAUAAUUGACACAGGGUCUCAAGUAACAAUCAUAUCCCAGUCAUUUUAUUCCCGUUACCUUUCCCACCGACAGUUAUUCUCUAUUAAAGAUGCCCUAAACAUUGAAGGUGCAGCGGGACAAAAGGUUCCAUAUUUGGGCUAUGUUGAAGUGGAUGUGCAGUUCCCUAAAGAUAAAUGUGGCACAAACCAAUGUUUUCACAUCCUAGCUUUAGUAAGCCCAGAUCAGUCAUACAAUGACAAGCAUUCUUUGCUUGUAGGUACUAAUGUCCUGCGUCCAAUGAUCCAAGACUGCAUUAAGCAAGGCGGAACUAAGUUCCCAGAAACCCUUCCUAUCCAGGCCAGCUGGCUAAUGGCUUAUGCAGAGUGUGACAACCGGACUGACUCCCAAACAAAAGACGCCAAAGUUCUGCGUGUAAGGCUCAGCAGCAAAGUACCCAUACGCUUGAAGCGUGGCGAGCUUUGUACUUUAAAGGGCAUCUGUCACAAUAAACCUGGUGAAGGUGAGUUCCAAGCUCUUGUGGGUGGUACGGAGGAAAUACCCACGCCAGGAGGCCUGAUCGUCUAUGACCAGAUAGUGGAUGUAAAGCCUCAAUCCCACAAUAAAUUUAAGCUUGCUGUCAAAAAUAUUUCUCAGCGUGACAUCACCUUAUACCCAAAAACAGUCAUUGCUGAGUGCUCUCCCAUUGACUGGGCAGUGCCCGUUUCACACUCUGACCAGAACAAACAGUCAGAUGUUGCCCUUCCACAGACACAUGCUCUGUCGGUGUCACAAAAUGAAAAGAUCAAUUCAGCAGCUGAAAUCUUCUAUCCUGAUUUCAGCGACAGCCCCAUAGCACCAGAACUAAGGGAGCACAUACAGGCUAGAAUAAACAAAGAAGUGCCAGAUGCGUUUUCUAGACAUGAUCUAGAUGUUGGUAACAUUGCAGGAGUCACUCAUCGCAUAGAGCUUGACCCUCAUGUACCAUUCAAAGAGCGAACUCGACGUGUCUCACCUGCCGACUUCAAUGACUUAAAAAGGCAUCUCCAAGACCUUUUGGCCAUAGGCAUCAUAGAGGAAUCACAUAGCCCCUACGCCUCUCCAAUUGUUCUUGUCCGGAAAAAGAACGGAGAUCUGCGAAUGGUGGUGGAUUACCGCAGACUGAACAACUUGACUAAAAAAGAUGCCUACCCAUUACCCCGUAUAGAGGAGACAUUCUCCCUGCUGUCAGGCUCAAAAUGGUUCACUGUACUUGAUCUAAAGAGUGGGUACUAUCAGAUGGAGGUUGAACCCUCUGAUCGGCCAAAGACAGCAUUCACAACACCCUUUGGAACAUGGCAAUUUCGGAGAAUGCCCCAAGGCCUGACCAACUCUCCAGCAACCUUCCAGCGAACCAUGGAGAAGGUGAUGCAAGGUAUCAACCUCCAAGAGGUUGUUGCUUUCCUCGACGAUCUCAUAAUAUUCUCUAGCUCUUUGGAGGAACAUGAGGAGAGAUUAAUGAAGGUUCUCAAACGCGUCUCUGAUUUUGGCCUCAAACUGUCCCCUUCCAAAUGCAAAUUCUUCCAGACCUCUGUGAAAUACCUAGGGCAUGUGAUAUCUGCUGAGGGAAUCCAACCCGAUCCUGACAAAGUUGCUGCUGUAAAAGAAUGGCCCCGGCCUCAAACAGCCAAAGAGCUUCGGUCAUUUUUAGGUUUCACAGGGUAUUACCGAAGAUUUGUGAGAGAGUAUGCCAGGGUUGUUAGGCCACUAAAUGAUUUGUUGAAAGGAGAUCUAGCGCCCAGGCACAAAGGCCCUAACUCCUGGCCAAGAAAACAGUCACAUCCACUUGGUGCAUUAUGGACCGCUGAUUGCCAAGCAGCAUUUGAGCUCAUUAUUGAGAAAUUAACAUCUGUCCCUGUGCUUGCGUUUUCCAACUGGCAGCUCCCAUAUGUGCUCCACACUGACGCCAGUAUGACCGGUUUAGGUGCAGCCCUGUAUCAGGUCCAAGAUGGCCAAACCCGAGUGGUAGCAUACGCCAGUCGUGGUCUCUCUAAAAGUGAGAAAAACUACCCCGUGCAUAAGUUAGAAUUUCUCGCCCUUAAAUGGGCGGUCAGUGAAAAGUUUCAUGACUAUUUGUACGGGGCUAACUUCAAAGUGCUAACGGAUAAUAAUCCUCUGACAUACGUGUUGACAAGUGCAAAGUUAGAUGCCGCGAGCCACAGAUGGCUUGCUUCUCUAUCAUUGUUCAACUUUGACAUCCAUUACAAAUCUGGUGUGCUGAAUAUCGAUGCUGAUGGGCUCUCGAGGAGGCCUCAUGAACCAUCCGAAGACGAUGAUGAGUCUCGAGAGAUGGACCAGAGAAUCUCCGGUAUGCUAGAUCGCGCUAGCCUCUCACUUGAGGAGUUCCAGGUUUUGGAUGGGGAGACAGUGAGCACUCUUUGUAUGCGCCACGGUGUCAAUGUUCAUGCAGUUUCACAAGACAAUCAGGAUCCGGAUAGUGUCAUACCUGCAGUGGAAACUCUCUUGUGUCAUGAAAGUGCGGUCCCUGAUGAUCUGGAAGAUCCAGUCCCUGGGCCAGGACAAUCAGCUCUGCCAGAAAUGUCUAUGGAGGACUGGCAUCAGUUGCAGAGGGAAGACGCAGCAUUGGCACAAGUUAUUUGUAUACUGGAAGAGCAGCCUGACACUGAGGUAUUUGAUAAAACGUCUGUGGAGCCAGAGGUUGCUCAACUCUUACGUGAGAGAUCAAAACUACUCUUGAAGGAUGGAGUGUUAUGCCGCAAGGUUCUCAACCAAAGAGGUGAAGCGUUUCAUCAACUUGUCAUACCCAGUAGUCACAGAGAACGAGCCUUCCAAGGUAUUCAUGAUGAGACAGGCCACAUGGGUAUCGAAAGAACUUUGGAACUAGCUAGAGCAAGGUUCUACUGGCCGAAGAUGGCGAAAUACAUUGAGACAAAGUGCAAAAGCUGUGAAAGAUGUGUCAGACGAAAAUCUAAGGUGCAAAAGGCAUCCAAACUAGUUAACAUCAAAGUCAGUGGUCCCCUUGAGUUAGUCUGUAUGGAUUUUCUGACAAUUGAACCUGACUCAAGAGACACUAGAAACAUACUGGUCAUAACUGAUCACUUUACAAAAUAUGCACAGGCAUAUACGACUAGAGACCAGACAGCCAAGACUGUUGCCACAGUGUUAUGGGAAAACUUCAUUUGUCACUAUGGUUUUCCACGCAGGCUGCAUAGUGAUCAAGGAGCCUGUUUUGAGUCAGAAGUUGUAGCAGAACUUUGUAAGCAUGCUGGAAUCGCCAAGUCUCGCACAACACCCUACCACCCGAGAGGGAAUCCGGUAGAACGAUUCAACAGGACUCUGCUCGACCUCUUGGGAACGCUGGAGGACAAAAAGAAGGAGGAAUGGAGGAAAUAUGUCAAGCCCCUUGUACAUGCAUAUAAUUGUACACGGAACGAUGUGACUGGCGAAGCCCCUUUUCUACUCAUGUUUGGCAGAGAGCCGCGUCUCCCCAUUGACCUCUGUUUUGGCAUCAGCCCUCAGGGUCACAACCCCAAAACGCACACACAAUAUGUGCGAGACCUAAAGAAAAGACUCAGACACGCAUAUGAGCUAGCGUCAAGAAAUGCUGAAAAACGGCAGUUGUUGAACAAAAGGCGCUGGGAUGCUAAGGUGACCGCCUUGCCUUUAGAGGUAGGGGAUCGAGUCCUUGUGAGGAAUCUGAGUCUCAGAAAGAAGCACAAAAUCUCUGACAAAUGGGAAUCCACUGUUUACGUUGUUGCCAAACAGCCGGAUGAGAGUAUCCCUGUGUAUGUUGUCAGGCCCGAUAAUGGUGAGGGCAGAGAGCGGGUUUUGCAUCGAGAUAUGCUUCUUCCCUGUGGGUUCUUACCUGCAACCUUAGAAGCGGAUCCUGUGAGUACUGUUGUGCAGGCAAUCCCGACUCAAGUUCCUGAGGUGACUGAUGAGGGAGAUAUUGAGGAUGAUCUGUCUUCAAUGGAAGUGGAUCAAGACUUGGAAACUCAGAACACGAGCCUUGAAACCCCUGAACAGAGUACCUCUCAGUCUCAAAAUCCCCUAAAUCCUGAUGCCCCUGAAUUCAUGUCAGAUCAGCAUGAUUUGUCAGACACUGAGACUGUAAUUAGUCCAGGCCCGUCCCAGGCUAGGCCUCAGAGAACAAGGGUACCACCAGCUUAUCUUAGUGACUACCAAGUUGGUCGCAAAGCCCAUUGUAAACAUCACACCUUAAGUCCCCCUACACAGCAGACACUGUUUUAUGGUUUCUUAUUGUCCUUGCAGCAGCAAAUUGCAGGGUUAGUUCAGUCUCUAGCCGUAGGUAGUGACGGGGACGCCAGCUGGCUAAUGGCUUAUGCAGAGUGUGACAACCGGACUGACUCCCAAACAAAAGACGCCAAAGUUCUGCGUGUAAGGCUCAGCAGCAAAGUACCCAUACGCUUGAAGCGUGGCGAGCUUUGUACUUUAAAGGGCAUCUGUCACAAUAAACCUGGUGAAGGCAUCAUAGAGGAAUCACAUAGCCCCUACGCCUCUCCAAUUGUUCUUGUCCGGAAAAAGAACGGAGAUCUGCGAAUGGUGGUGGAUUACCGCAGACUGAACAACUUGACUAAAAAAGAUGCCUACCCAUUACCCCGUAUAGAGGAGACAUUCUCCCUGCUGUCAGGCUCAAAAUGGUUCACUGUACUUGAUCUAAAGAGUGGGUACUAUCAGAUGGAGGUUGAACCCUCUGAUCGGCCAAAGACAGCAUUCACAACACCCUUUGGAACAUGGCAAUUUCGGAGAAUGCCCCAAGGCCUGACCAACUCUCCAGCAACCUUCCAGCGAACCAUGGAGAAGGUGAUGCAAGGUAUCAACCUCCAAGAGGUUGUUGCUUUCCUCGACGAUCUCAUAAUAUUCUCUAGCUCUUUGGAGGAACAUGAGGAGAGAUUAAUGAAGGUUCUCAAACGCGUCUCUGAUUUUGGCCUCAAACUGUCCCCUUCCAAAUGCAAAUUCUUCCAGACCUCUGUGAAAUACCUAGGGCAUGUGAUAUCUGCUGAGGGAACAACCCAUCCUGACAAAGUUGCUGCUGUAAAAGAAUGGCCCCGGCCUCAAACAGCCAAAGAGCUUCGGUCAUUUUUAGGUUUCACAGGGUAUUACCGAAGAUUUGUGAGAGAGUAUGCCAGGGUUGUUAGGCCACUAAAUGAUUUGUUGAAAGGAGAUCUAGCGCCCCAGUCACAUCCACUUGGUGCAUUAUGGACCGCUGAUUGCCAAGCAGCAUUUGAGCUCAUUAUUGAGAAAUUAACAUCUGUCCCUGUGCUUGCGUUUUCCAACUGGCAGCUCCCAUAUGUGCUCCACACUGACGCCAGUAUGACCGGUUUAGGUGCAGCCCUGUAUCAGGUCCAAGAUGGCCAAACCCGAGUGGUAGCAUACGCCAGUCGUGGUCUCUCUAAAAGUGAGAAAAACUACCCCGUGCAUAAGUUAGAAUUUCUCGCCCUUAAAUGGGCGGUCAGUGAAAAGUUUCAUGACUAUUUGUACGGGGCUAACUUCAAAGUGCUAACGGAUAAUAAUCCUCUGACAUACGUGUUGACAAGUGCAAAGUUAGAUGCCGCGAGCCACAGAUGGCUUGCUUCUCUAUCAUUGUUCAACUUUGACAUCCAUUACAAAUCUGGUGUGCUGAAUAUCGAUGCUGAUGGGCUCUCGAGGAGGCCUCAUGAACCAUCCGAAGACGAUGAUGAGUCUCGAGAGAUGGACCAGAGAAUCUCCGGUAUGCUAGAUCGCUAG